AUGAGUGUCGUUUCGGCGUACAUUCCGGUUGUCGAAACGGACUCAGAAGAAGAAACGCAAGACUCAAUCUUGCUCAGGGAAAUUAUCACCUUUGUUUCGCGACAUGUCAAAAGAUGCUCGAAGAAGACAAUUCUUCAAGUUUUGAGAAAUCAUGUCGCUCAAAAAGAGAAGACGACAUUUUUUCAUACGAAUGAAACAACUGGAUUUGGCAAUGCGACGGAGGUUUCGGAGAUCAGGCAUCAAAGGGAAAUAGAAAGCUCCGAAAUCGACAAACUUCGACUCCAACUGAAGAGUAUGGAAAAAGAUCGUGAGAUUCUCCGCCUGAAGUAUGAAAACGCUCUCGUCCACCACGAAAAAGACAUUCGCACGCUCAACGAAAGCAUCGCUACUGCCCAGUCAGACAACAAAAAGUUCAAAAAAUGGCUGAAACAGCUGUCGAAAAGUUCAAUUCAAACCAACGCCCAAGCUACUCACAACAUAGAAGAGCCAAAUUUACCCUUGACUGUUGAGCAGUCAAUUCAAACAGAAACUCAAAGUAAAGAUUCAAAGAAUCAGUUGUGCCAAACUGACGAAGAAAAGAGUAUUUUCAAAAAGAAAGAUGAUCAAAUAAUGAAUUUGAGAAAACAACUAGAGAAUGGCCAGGAAGAUCUUCUCGAGAACCAAGAAAUUUUACGAAACUUGAGAAAAAUUAAGCUCGAGCUCGAGUACGGAGUUGACAAAUACUACAACGCUUAUAAGAUCCAGCGGACUCGAGGCGACUCACUAGAAAGUAGACUUCACGAGAUUCAAAAUAAUCCAGAUUACGAAACCCUCUUCCGCUCGAUGCUUCCUGAUUAG